UAUAUUCUGCCUUUCCGUCGAAAACUUUCUAACCAUAUUCUUAAUUCCAUUCCUAUCACAAAACCAGAAAAAAGACUAGAUUUUUUUUUUGUCUUUGCAAAAAAUUGGAAGCCCUCUUCGAUUCAUCCGCCAUUUCAUCCAUGUCCUUCAGAAUCAGAGAGCAAAAUGCAUCUUGUGGUGUGGGAGUUGCUGAUGAGAGCAAGCACACAUUCAUGGAGCUUAAGAGAAAGAAGGGCUAUCGUUACGUGAUUUUCAAGAUCGAUGAAAAGAAAAACGAGGUUGUUGUUGACAAGACCGGCGGCCCAGCUCAAGACUACCAUGAUUUUGCAGAAUCCUUGCCGCAGAACGAUUGUCGAUAUGCGGUCUAUGAUUUCGAUUUUGUCACUACGGACAAGUGUCGAAAGAGCAAGAUUUUCUUCAUUGCCUGGUCUCCUGCAGUGUCUAGAAUUCGUUCCAAGAUGCUCUAUGCUACUUCCAAAAACAGUUUCAUUCAUUACGACAUCCAAGCCACUGACCCCGCUGAAAUGGAGCUCGAUGUCAUCAAGGAUCGCGCCCACUGAACGCGAUGUACCUCCACAUCUGUGUUAUCCACAUACAACAACAAGGUGAAAAAAUGUUACUCUGUAAACUUCAAUUGCAACUACUACUUUUUACUUCCAUAA